AUGGCUGUGUUCGGAACAAGGAUCUUCCUCAGCCUUGAGAAAUUUGAUGACAUACCGGUGACUCUGGUGUCCUUGCGGACCAGCAGCGCGUCCUCUUCGUCCCCGAAGCUCACUCCAUUUCCUUCGUGGGCCAUGAAUAAAUGGAAAGAUUGCAACAAGAUCCAGGCUGCAAAGGGGCUGGAUGUCGAUUCUGUUGGAAGGCUGUGGGUGCUCGACAACGGCAGCGACAGUUGCAGUUCAAAACUAUGGACCAUUGACUUGGCUAACAAUGAUCAAACCAAACUAAUUAUACAGUUCCCAUUUCAAAAAUUGAAGCACGACUUGGUGCUUGAUGAAACCCCAAACGGAACCUUUGCAUACAUCUCGCUCUGGGGUGAACAACACAUUGUCGUGUUUAAUUUGGAAAGAAAUCAGUCUUGGACGUUGGACACGCCAGGAAUCAAGGUUUUUUCCAUUGCCCUGUCUCCUAUAAAGGACCAGGAACCGAGAAAGCUCUACCUUGGUGUCUCCACUACACCAACCAACUGCACAUCAUGCAUUAAAGGCGGCAAUUUCCCAGGGAAAAGGCAAGCGGACGAGUCUACAAACUAUGCUUUGAUCGGCUCGGUCGCCCUCUUCUUGGUCUUGAGCUGCAUUAUCAGCCUCUGGAUCACCCUGAGGAUUAGAAAAACGCGAAAUUCCAACGAGAAGCGCAACGCAGGCGCCGAGGAAAUGGAAAUUCCCACUCUCCCGAGUCCCGUCUCACCGGAAUUGGUGGACGAGGAAAUAGAAAACGAUUUAUACGGCGUCGUCACGGCCCCGCCCCCUCGUUCAUGA